AUGAAGAUCUUUGUGACGGUUCUAAUGGCGGCCACGUGCGUCUCCCUCAGCCGGGCAGACAUCAGUCUGACCCAGGCGGGCUACAACUAUCGCAUCCAGCAGCAACAACUGCAGCAGCAGCCACCUGUGGUGGCUCACCUGUUGAACCAACAGCUCCAGCAGGCUCAGCAGCAGCAGCAGCAGUUGCACUCCUCGCAUCCGGUCUUGCCACCUCUUCCCCUGCCCUACCUCCCACCCAGUGGUCAGUACCAUCACCAGCAGCCGGCAGCACAGCCUGUGGCCCGUCCCACGGCCGGAUCUUUCCCCAUGCCCACUGGUUUCCCCGUCAACUUCCAGACUGCUCCCAUCCAGCAGCAGAGGCGGGCCCGUCCACGGGUUAGGAUUCCCAAGCGUCCGAUUGUGACCAAGAAUUUCUUCAUUCACUCGGCGCCCGAGGAGUCCGAGGAUGAGGUGCAGGACGAGCUCAAUCAGCUGGCCCAGCAGCCACGUAACCACUACAAUGUGCUCUUCGUGAAGACACCGGCGCAGACCAACCGUGCUGCGGCUCUGAAUCUCGCCAAGAGCCUGAAGCAGGAGAAGACCGUGGUCUAUGUGCUGGCCAAGAAGACCUCGGCAGCCGAUCUGCAGGAUGCCAUCGCUGAGGCACCACAGCAUAUCAACAAGCCGGAGGUGUUCUUCAUCAAGUAUCGCACUCCCGAGGAGGCUCUCAAUGCCCAGCGGCAGAUUCAGUCGCAGUACGAUACUUUGGGAGGAAGCUCCACCAUCACCGACGAGGGUGUGGCUCCCAUCACCUCAGUGGUGGGAUCACUGGACCCUCAGGAGGAGGACGAGGAGGAGCAGACCCAGCAGCAGCCAUCCGAGGGACAAUUUGUGGAGAAUGGUGCCGGCAACGGCAACGGUGGUCCCAUCGGCAAUCAUUAUCUGCCCGCGAACCAGUUCUAA